AUGGGGAGUUCAAUGAGAGUUGAAUUGAUGACUAUCUUUGCUGUAUCAGGAAGCACGGUCCUUUUGGUUCAUCAAGUCCACAAGCAUUUGUUCAAUAACUUGAUUAAGAAAUUUGAGUUUGAAAUUCGAGGUUCAAUGAAACAUAAAGCAAAAAAGAAGGUGCGGUUUGCAAAAGACGUGAUGGAACUUCCAAUGGAGAAUAAGAGUGAUUGUACAAAUGUGACAAAGGCACAGCAGGUCGAGGAUGAGAAGGGUGUGGUUAUGCAUGAUAAAAAUUGGAAAACUGAGCAAAAUUUGAAGGAUGUUAUGCCUCCUAAUAGGGUAGUUCUAUAUAGGGAGAUUAUGAAAUAUAGGAACCUUAAGGGUAUGCUUAAUUGUUGA